UUCAUGUUCCUGACCUACAUCCUCUUUCUGGCCUUCCUCGCCAUCUUCGGCUUCACGGCCAUCCCCGUUUUCCUCUUCUUCAACAUGUGGAGCACCUGCGCUGCCAUGAGGUCUCCUGAUGCCAACAUCACCGCGUCCGACUCCAUCUGUGUGGACGUCAGGCAGUAUGGUAUUAUUCCCUGGAACGCUUCCCCGGGAAAAGCUUGUGGAGCCACGCUUGGAGACAUCUGUAACACGAGUGAGUUCUACUUGUCGUACCACCUGUACAUCGUCGCUCUAGCCGGCGCCGGAGCCACCGUCAUCGCACUGAUCCACUACCUGAUGAUCCUGGCGGCCAACUGGGCCUAUCUGAAGAGUGCCGUCUCCACGCACGAGUACCAGGACAUCAAGACCAAGGACGACCAGGAUCUGGAGGCCGAGGCGCGCUCCAAGGAGGGCCAGAACUCCUCCUCCUACUCAUAAGGGCGAGAGGCUGCUCUCCAGCCGCCACCCAUCUCCCCUCCACACCUCAACCCUCACCCCACAACACCCACCACCCCUCCGUCUGUUAAAACAAACCACCUCGGUCACGUUUGAUAGUCCCCCAGACUGACGAUGCUCCAUCCUCUUCCCCUCCACGAUGUUUAUUGAGAGUGGUUGGAGCGUACCCGCACCGGAGGGGAAGAGAAUAGAGGAUCAGGAGAAGCGGCAGGCCCAGAUGGAGGCAGAUGUUUCCGAACGGGAGCACUCGCCCGCCGGGUCGGGCUCAGGUACAGUACAUCAGUUCAGAAGCGUCUCCCCCCCCCCCGUGCUUUUAGGCGGCGGCUCGUGAACAUGGCCCGGCUGUGACGGCCUCGCGCCCUGAGCCAGCACAGCCUCUCGACACAGCCUAAAAAAAACAUUGUUCACUGUCUGCUUCAGCCAGAGAGAGGCCAGGCAGCGACCAACCUCCUCCAUUUUUUUUUUGGUGUUUUAUAUGCAUAUAUAUAUGAAUAUGAAUAUAUUGUGCGAAUGUGUAUGAAUGUUGUUGUUUUUUUUAAUACUCUGAAAAGUAUGCCAGAUACUAUGAUAACCUUUCUUUUCUUCUUUUUUGUUUUUGCGCCCAUAGGUUUUCUCUCCUUUACUUUUCUUCUCCAUCUUUAACUUUCUAUUGCUAAUGCUUGAUACAUGUUGCACUAUUGAAGAGACAAAAAAAAAGGAGAGUGAAAAUCCCUUAAAAACACAAAGCAGCCCAGGCCCCCUCUCUCAUAGAAAUACCUAAAAAAAUUAUCAUGUACAUUUACAUCGUUCAAUCGGAGACCAGGUGUAGCUAACUUUUUUUUAAUAAGGAAAAGUUUUUAGAUGAGAACAUUGGUACCUCUCUCACGUGUGAAAAACCUUCAAACACAAGACAACUAGCUGAAGGUCUGAAGGUUAAAACUUACAAAUGAACAUUAUAUAUUAUUUGUUUAUUGUGUGAAAACAACAAGUUAUGGUUUACAGGAGUAUUUCUAGGCACGUGCAGCAAACUAGCUAAAGGCUAUGCUAUAAACUUGCAUGCAACCACAGCUUGUAGUUUUUAUUAUUUGGUUUUACUUUAAUUAGUAAAAACUAUAUAUACUUUAAUACAAAUAUUAUUAAAUCAGUAGUAGAUGUUCUCAGAUGUUUUCAGAGUAAAUAUCAAUCUUCUCAUCUAAAUCUUUGCAAGCAAACAACAUUAUUUCCCCAAAAUGUAAAACUAUUCUUUAAAACUUAGUUUUUUUGCUACACUUAUCACCAGCGGCAGCAAAAAUGAAAAAUAACUAUUUUCCGACUUGUUUUUACAAACAAAAAGACACACACACACACACCUCAGGUAUCAAACCAAAUCUGAUUUUAGCCCGUUGUGUUCUUUUCCAUCACUUAUCCUUUCUGGACUAGUUCGCUGUCGUGAAUUCAAAAUGAUUCCCUCAUUUUGUAAAAUGUCUUCUUUUGCGAAUGAAGUUCACCUGUAAAUAGCCAAAUCACAAAAAAAAUCUGGAUCUACACGUCUCCCAGAACGAGGAGAACACAAUCAGUGUUUUGCCAUGCUCUUCUAUUAUUAUUACUAUUAUUAUUUUUCCACAAAUAUAUGUAAUUGUACCGUUUGAGAAAUGUGUUUAGCACUCAAAUACUAGUUCUGCAUUUGAUAUAAUAAUUGUAAUGUAACAUCUUCAAUGAUAUGUCGUGAGAGGGAUACAGUGCAGUCAUGAUAUACGAUAUGAUGGAUUGAGGUGCUUGUGACGUAUACAUUUUUAAAAUUAUUAAAAAAAUGGGAAUUGAUUUUUAUCGGUUGAUCAGUUUUAGGCAGCUGAGUUCUUCUUGUGAUUCCGUAACAAUGAUUUUCAUGGAACUUGUCCGUGAUUAUUUUUUGAGUUGGGAAACACGUCACUUUUUUAUUCUUUCCUUUUCUUUUUUUCGAUGUCAUGCUUCUCAUAUGAGCCACAGAGACUGUUUUGGAUGUUUACACUCUGCAUAAAACAAGUCAGGAAUUUUCAUACAUUGAUUUUAUAAUCAAAUAUGGUUUAAUAAUCAUAAUUGAUAUUCCAAACGGAACGUCACCGGUUAGUUCACCCUUAAAAAACACUGAAGAAGACCAACUUUUGAACUUUGAUGGGAUGAAGCAUGUCAGUAUUGUCCAUGUGUGCAGCUGUCUAUUCUGUAUAAAAAAGGACUAUAUUGCCAUGUGUGUUGUUUGAUAAAUAUACGUGCUUUGCCGCCAGGUUGAUGUAAAGGCAAACUUCAAUUUCCUAUAAGACGAUGCGUGUCAGGGUGUUGUUGUUUCCUUGUUGUUUGCAUGAAGGAGACAUGACUGUGUCUUUGCAGUUUUUCAGGUGAUGUGUAGUCAAUUGUUCUGACAACUAUGGUAGGCGGUGUUUGACCCCCUCCUCCUCCUCCUCCUUCUCCUCUUCCUCCCCCGUCCCCUUCUCCACCCACUCUUUUCUAAAGAAAACUCCAUUGUACUUUGAUGGCAUUGUAGUCCCUGUAGGUGUUUUCAUUAUUGGUUUUAUUUUUUAAGUUGGAAAUAGUUCUAUGACUCCUAUAUAGUGAUGAUUUUUGUAACCUUCUCUAGUAAAACCGAUAUUUUUUAUUAUCGUGA